AGUAAGAGCUUAACAAAUACCAGUUUUAUUAUUAUUAUUAUUAACAGCUUGUGGAGAGCCCUCAUUCUACUGCUGAGAGAGUCGGGGGGUACGCGACCAGUGACAACCCCACUUGGUGUGUUUCCCCAGUCACCAUGAUGACAGAUUUUGGGACGCUCCACCCCUGGUAUCAUGGGAGGCAGCCCAUCUGACUGGGUGGACUUUAGUAUUGCCUCAGAGGACCACAGACGGCAGCUUGGGGGGCCUCAUUUCUCAGGAAUUGGGAGCGGUUAGAGGGCUAGCAGGAUGCGGAGAGAAGAGUCCGUUUCCUUCCCCUUUUCUUUAAUCUAGCCAAAAGCCUCAGCCUCACUAGAUCUCAGUCCCCCUCCGACUGGUCUUGGCAUCUCCAUCCGACUGAAAUGUGGGUGAUGUCCUUCCUGCUGGUUCUGGCUUUGGGCCUUGGGCGAGCCGAUGACCCCCCAAAGGCCACGCUGACCCUGAACCCGCGUUGGGUCAGCGUGUUUAAGGAUGACCACGUGACCCUGAGCUGUAACGGCCCCCACUCCCCGGGGAACACCACCCACUGGUCCCACAACGGCAUGGAAACUGAGACCCGGACCCCCACUUACAGCAUCUGGGCCACCACCUUCAACGACAGUGGGGACUACCAGUGCCGGAUGGGGGGCUCGACCUUCAGUGACACCAUCAGGCUGGUCGUCUACAGCGGUUGGUUGCUCCUGCAGACCUCCGACUGGGUGUUCCUGGAGGGUGAUCAACUGACCCUCAGGUGUCGGGGCUGGAGGGACGAACUGGUCUACAAAGUGACUUUCUACCAGGAUGGUACAGCCAGGAAAUAUUCCCUGAAUUCUACUGACUUCUUCAUCCCUCGGGCCAACAGCAGCCACAGCGGCUCCUACAACUGCUCUGGGAUCAUCAAGAAACAUUUCCAUAUGUCGGCGGCUCUCAGCAUCACCAUCCUAGAGCUGUUCCCACCGCCCAUGCUGAGAGCCGCCCCUUCCACCAAGCCCAGAGAGGGGAGCCCGCUGAACCUGACCUGUGACACGCAGUUGAAUCCCCGCAGACCGGACCCCCGCCUCCGCUUCUCCUUCUACAGAGACAACCGGAUGGUGAGGGGCUGGGACGGCUCGCCAGAAUACCGGAUCCCAGUGGCUCAGAGCGGGGACUCCGGCUCCUACAGAUGUGAGGCGGCCACGGACACCAAGAGCGUCUGGAAACGGAGCCCCGAGAUGUGGAUCUGGGUGCAGCGUACCCCAUCCUGUUGUCCCCCGAUCUGGUUCCAUGCCCUCUUCUACCCAGUGGUGGGAAUCCUGUUGGCUUGGAACACAUUCCUGUACAUCACACUGAGAAGAAAGCUGCGCUGCCCCGUGAGAAAGAAGAUGGACCAGAUGUUCUUUGUGGAGUCCUACAUGGGGGAACAGUGGGAGGAGGAGGAUUGGUAG